ACAUACACACACACACACAGUGCUGAUGUUCAACUCUCUCCUUCAUUCAUUUUCCUCCAGUCCGUGACUGACGUGACUUACAGCUGGCUGCAGAGCCUCAUCAGUGUGCAGUCAUGAUUCGGGUCUGUCCGCUGUGUGUUCUUUUCUUUGUGCUGCUCUUCAUGUGUAUGGACGCUCGUCCCGGAUCAUCAGGGCGCUCAAGACGUGCGCCUGCUGCCAAAGUGCGACUGGCAGGCAUUGGCCACCGAGAAAACGAGGGACGUGUUGAAGUCCUGCACAAUGGUACAUGGGGAACCAUAUGUGACGAUGAGGUCGACAUUAAACUGGCUAAUGUGGUUUGCAGAGAACUGGGUUUUCAAAGCGGCAUCACGUGGGCUCACAGUGCCAGAUAUGGAGAAGGAGAGGGCCCCAUUUGGAUGGAUAAUGUGAGGUGUGAAGGAACGGAGAAAGCUCUGAGAGACUGCAGGUCAAACGGAUGGGGGGUUCAUGACUGCAAACACUCUGAGGAUCUCGGCGUGGUCUGCAGUCCAGAGAGAAGGCUGGAUCAAACAUAUCCUGGAGUCUCUAGAAGAGGGCACACUAUUGCACUCAGACCAAACCCAGUCACAUCCAACCGCUGGCAGGACAUUUACUCCAACCCGAGGACACCUGCGCAUCUUAUACAGGGCAAUGGGCAUUCACAGGAUCAAACCAGAUGGGAUCAGUUUUCCAGACAGCAACUUCCUAAUCCGUCUGCCAAUCGGGUAAGGAUUGAAGAAGUCCGUAUCAAGCCAAUCCUGAUGGUUACAAAGCGCCGUACCCUCAUCACAGAGGGUGUAGUGGAAGUAAAGCAUGCUGGGAGAUGGAGACAGGUGUGUGAUAAAGGCUGGAGUCUGAACAGCAGCAGAGUCGUGUGUGGGAUGCUUGGCUUUCCUGAUGCGGAGCAGCCCAACAUGAACACUUACAAGAAAAUAUGGGAUAAAAAAGUCAAGGAUUCAACAACCAGAUUGAGUCAGAUGGCUAAGAAGAAGGGAUUCUGGGUUGAGAAACUUCAUUGUUUGGGUACAGAGCCCAGUUUGGCCGAGUGCCACACCCAGCUGUCAAUCCCUCGAAGCCCUGCCCCCUGUAAGAAUGGUCGCUAUGCUGUGGCCCGCUGUGUCCCGGGACCACAGUUUGCCCGUAUGUCCUCUGGCAGACCGCAGGCACCUCAUCCUGUGCAGCUGUCAGUGCGUCUGAAGGCUGGAGCACGUCUGGGAGAGGGCCGAGUCGAGGUUCUGCGUGAGGGAAAGUGGGGAACCGUGGUUGACCACCUGUGGGACCGUAUUUCAGCCAGCGUGGUGUGCAGAGAGCUGGGCUUCGGCACCGCCAAAGAGGCUCUGACUGGAGCUUACAUGGGUCAAGGGACGGGGCCAAUCCACAUGAACUCAGUGCGGUGCGCGGGCACAGAGCGCUCUAUUUUAGAUUGUUUCUUCCAGGAUGUCCAGCCCUGGACCUUCAAACACAACCGGGACGCUUCUGUCAAGUGCUACGUUCCUAAGACGGGCGUGGAAAACACGGUGCGUCUGGCGGGCGGCCGGGACCCAGGAGAAGGUCGCGUGGAGGUGCUCAUGGAGGACGGGGGCCGAAAGCGCUGGGGGACGAUCUGCAGUGAGAACUGGGGGAUAAAUGAAGCAAUGGUGGUGUGCAGACAGCUGGGCUUUGGUUUCGCCGCACGCGCCCAUCAGGACACAUAUUAUUGGCAAGGAGACCCAGCGGCAGAGGAAGUGGUGUUGAGUGGCGCUCAUUGUGUGGGAACAGAAAUGUCCAUCCAGCAGUGUCGUCGCAACAGUUACGUCCACUGUCCUCGAGGAGGCGGAGCCAAAGCAGCAGGCAUCACCUGUUCUGAGACGGCACCUGACCUGGUUUUGGAUGCGCAGCUUGUUCAGGAGAGCUCUUAUCUGGAAGACCGGCCUCUGCAUCUGCUCACCUGUGCCCAUGAGGAGAACUGUCUGUCCUCAUCUGCCAGCCGCAUGCAGUGGCCAUACGGGCAUCGCCGUCUGCUGCGCUUUUCCUCCCGGAUCAUGAAUCUGGGCAGAGCCGACUUCAGGCCACGGGCUUCAAGAGAGUCCUGGACGUGGCAUCAGUGCCACAGGCAUUAUCACAGCAUUGAAGUGUUUACGCAUUAUGAUCUGCUCACUCUCAAUGGAAGCCGAGUAGCAGAAGGACACAAAGCCAGUUUCUGUCUGGAAGACACCUACUGUCCUGAAGGACUACACAAACGCUUUUCAUGUUACAAUUACGGCGAUCAAGGCAUUUCAGUAGGCUGCUGGGACACAUACCGACACGAUAUCGACUGCCAGUGGAUAGACAUUACUGACGUGAGGCCCGGAGACUACAUCAUGCAGGUUGAGGUAAAUCCAUCCCUGGACAUGGCUGAGUCAGACUUCAUGAACAACGUCAUGCGCUGUCGAUGUAAAUAUGAUGGACACAGAGUGUUUAUGUAUGGCUGCCAUGCAGGCGAUGCCUACAGCGCUGAAGUUGAAGAUUUAUUUGAACAUCAACGUCAGAUCAGCAAUAACUUCAUUUGAGACUGAGGAACAGAGGUGAGAGGAGAGGAUUGUGGACAAUAAAUAUGGUGAAAGACAAAGAGAUUUCUCAGUUGAUCUCAGAGCAGUCCACCAGAUGCUCCACCGAGUGGAAGCUAUAUAUAUAUGUACACCGUCAAACUGUGCAAUUGAAUUACGUCUAGUAGAUUAACAAAUUAUUUAUCAAAGGAACAUCGUUUAGAGGAUUAGUUCACCCCAAAAACAAAUAUUUAUUUUCCUUUUUGAAUAAAAUACUGGUUGUUGCUUUCCAGCCGGUUGCAAUGCAAUGAAUCCAUCCCAAGACAUUCAAGCUUCAAUAGGAGCACAUAACAUAUCCUAAAAGAUGUGCAUUUUCACAGACAUCGAAAAUCUCUUUUUCUCUUUUGAGAUCUAGUGUGGAUGUCAGAUAUUUUAAUUAAUUGUAGCUUUAUUUUAAUUCUUUUUAAACUUUUGUUGAUCAUUUCGUGUCAGAAGACUUGGAAUAUACUUUUAUACACUGAGAAAAUUGGUGCAUGAUUUACUUUUCAGAUUUUUUUUUUUACCAGCAAAAAUAUAUAUCAUAAUAAGCUUUCACACCGAGUAGUUAUAGGAACUAGCCACCAGGCCGGUCCCCAAGAACAAAAUUACUCCUUGGAUCAUUUAGUUGCAUUAUUAGCACCCUCAAUAUGAGCUCUGAAGUGACAUAUGCCAGCUGACUGCAGCAUUAAUCGCAGCAUUCAUCUCAGUCAACAAAAGGAUGGCGAACGCUGUGGUUUUGUUGUGUGUCGAUGGUUUCAUGAUGUCAGAGAUAAAACAUUGUGAUGAAAAUCAUGGGAUUGAAAAAAGCAGAAAGUAUUACCAAGGUUUCAAUAACAGAGAAUGCAUUUUUGUGUCUAAAAUGUGACAUGCAGGGCAUUAGGUAUGGUUUUAAAAAACAUCUAAAGCCCAAGACACACUUAGCUGUCAAAGAACUAGUGGUGAUGAAAAUCGACUGUGUUGUUACCUCCUGUUUGCAGUGUCUGGUUCCAUCUGGACCGAAAACUUAAACUUAGUUAUUCCUAAAGGCAUUCCUAUAACUUAAAUCUUCUCUAGUUCCUGUAGUGUGAUUUGUGUGAACAUGUUAAAAAGUAUGUACUGUACUUUUGCCAAUAGUUCUGAGAACUAUAAAGAUUUUGUUGUCAAAUCCCGUAAUGAUACAACAAUUAACACUUUGAAUUAACCAUGAAUAUUUUAAGAUUAAGUAUAGUUAACUCCCAGGUAGCAAAGAAUUCUGGCCCAAAUUUGGCAUAAAUCUGGCACAGCAGGCAUUCAUCUGGCAUACAGCAUGUGGGCCAAACAUGGCCCUGGUUUGGCAGAGGUGGCCUUGUCUUUAUGGUGGCACACAAUUCUUGGAACAGAUGUAAAAUGUAGUAUUUGGCCCAGAUGUUAAUAAUUGAUAUGUGGGCCAUGUAAGUUUGGCCUAUCUUGACCCACAUUUAAAAUACAUUUUUAGUAUUUUCUACCAAUCAGGUCGCUUUCAGAAAAAACACACCCAUAGAAUGCCUAAAGUGCAGUGAUUCAUGGGUUUAUCAGUUUCAUUGCAGUCGUGACACACCAACAUAUCUGGCCCAGUUCAGGCUCAGUUAUGGGUUAUUAACUUGGCUGGGACUUGCCCCAUGUUUGGCCCUUGUCUGGAAGCCAGACUUGGUCCAGUCAUGUACCGUAAUUCACUGCGGCAUGUGGGCCAAACAAAAGCUGAAUGUGUGGGCCAGAGCUGGGCCAAAGAUAUUUUGCUAUGUUUAGUCCUUUAGUCUUAGUCAAAUUUUUGGAUAUAUAUAGCAAUAUCUGUCAUUUUUUUUUACUUGAGAACUCCAAUCCUUUUCACAUGAAUUCUAUUGAAAUCAGUAGCAAAGUUAUUCCUCAAAAUGUCCCCUUUUGUGUUUUACAAAAGAAAGAACAGUAUAUUUUCAGAUGAACUGAUGUAUUGUUCCUUUUAUUAUCCAUUGAGUAACUGAGACUAAGAGUGUUUUCCCAACACCAAGCGUUGUUUGUGGUGUUCGGUAAGAUCCAAUGGAGAAAAAAAAACUUCAUAAAAGAUGUUAUUCUUGCAUCUUUGGGUUCUGACAGCGUGAACGUUAGGCAAACCAGGCCCAAAUGUAUCAUUUUGCUUUUUUGUUGUUGUUGUUGUUCUUCUUUUGGUCUGGAACAAACAAACCACAAGAACGGAUCUACAAGUGUAAACAGCCAAAGUUCCUUGCAGUUGUUGUGAAGUGAUCAUCCAGUAAAACUGAAACAUUAUUCUCAAUUUGUAGCUCUUGGGACCAUGAGACUAGCAUUAGAAAAUAUCUAAUUCUUCACUGUAGUCUGUGUGUACCCACAUAUUUAUUUCAUUAUGCUAUAGAAUAAAUAUAUUCUUAUAGAAUAAAUGCAUCCGUAUAAUGUUACAUUUUUUAUUAUAAGAUAGUCUGAACUACAUUUUACAAGAAAACACAUUGAAUAUGUUUUUAAUGUUACCAAUAUGAUCUAUUUUAUAUGAAAUCCAAACGGAGUUUCUCCAAUUUUACAGUUUUUUUAUGAAUACCUAAUUUCUUUUUAUACCCAAUUGCUUUCAUUUAGAUUCAUGCACUUUAUUGAUGAACCAUCAGUAUUCUGGUACAAAUAUACUAACAUCUUUCAGCGCGUGCUUCUGUCAAUUUGUUUAUGAAAGUAUUUAUACUUGCUUUCCAUUAUUAAUGGACCUUUUAAUAUUUUACGCAACUUUCCUGAAUCCUAAUAGAUGUUGUAAAUGCUGAAGAUUAAUUUAUUUUAAUACAUUGUUAAACAAAUUUUCUGGAUGAGAGUUUUAUUAAUUCAUAGUAAUAUCAAUAAGUGCUUGCUAAAUGGUUGACUGCUUUCAUUUAACAUAAGUGGAUUAAUGGAGCUUGUUUUCUUAUAGUCUAGCGCAGUGUUUCCCAACCCUGUUCCUGGAGGCACACCAACAGUUCAUGUUUUGGAUGUCUUCCUCAUCUGACCCAUUAACUUCAGGUGUUGGAGUCUCUUCUGAUGUUCUGAUGAGUUGUUUCAGGUGUGUUUGAUUAGGGAGAGGAUGAAAAUGUGUACUGUUGGUGUGCCUUCAGGAACAGGGUUGGGAAACUCUGCAUUAGAAGAGACUCCAAAACCUGAAGUUAAUGGGUCAGAUGAGGGAGACAUCUAAAACAUGAACUGUUGGUGUGCCUCUAGGAACAGGGUUGGGAAACACUGGUUUAGCGUGCACUUGAACUUUUUUGUCUUACGAAGUAAUGUUGAGAAUACCGUGUAUAAAGAGUUAAGCUCACUGCAGCAUUUUAUGAUGAGCUAAAAUCUAGCUUGAACUUAAGAAGCAUCAUUUAUGGCCCAAGCAUUAAAUGUAUCCCUCAAGUAGCGAAACCUUUUGUUUAUAGAUAGUGAAAAGAACACUUUAACUGUACUGUAUCAGUCUUAAGGUUUGCAAUGUACAUUAUACUGGAGGUUGGCACAGUAUAAAUUGGGCAUGCCAUUAUUAGAACCCUUCCUAUUGUUUAUGUCAAAUCCUUCUGUUAUUUAUCUUAAAGUAUUUAAUCAUUGAUUUUUUUAUGGCAGUAAGUCAAUCAUUGUGCCCAUUUUCACUUAUGUACUUUACAUUUUCACAAUCUCUGUAUCGUUUACUUUUAUUUUAACCAUGUUACUUAUGAUCUCCUUUUAUUCAUGAUUUUUUAUUUAUGAUUCUCAUUUUACUGUAUGCCCUUAGAAUUAUGAGUGCAUAAAUUGUUUCAUAAUUGGUGCGUAUUACAUAUAAUCCUCUGGUGCUAUUUGUGCAAUUUUUUUCUGGGAGUUUUUCAUGUAGUAUUUGAGAGCUUAUAAGCUCUUAAUGUAGAUCACAGUACUCUCAGGGAUGAAAUAUGUAUCUUUUUUCUUCCAGUUUGUUUAAAAAUAUAUAUUAUGAUCAGCCAGGACAAAUGUAAAGUUCUAACAAUAUCAUUCCAGAAACUGCAACAUGUUAUUGUUUUGUGAUGGGUGUUACAGUAGUGAGUCGAUGCGAACAACUGAUCUCAAAUGUGAAUGAAUAUCACUCGUCGGGUCUUAUUUAGCUGCCUGGUUUUUCUGCUCAUGAUCCAUUGCACAGAGACUCCAUUAUCAAUAAAUGUGUGUUUGUCAAA